GUGUUUGUCUGUGUCAGUCUUCGCGCAGACUGCAUACUAUUCACUCGAAAAAUCUGGACUCCUGCAAUCUCUUGCUUGCGACGUUCGUGGCGCAGACGCAUAUCGUGAACGCCUCCCUCCGCGACUCCCAUUUCAACUCUCUCGCGGUUCUUCGUGCUGAACGUGAGCGCGGGAGUUGAAGAUUUAGAUGUUGAAUGCUAAUUUUCCCUGCUGAAUUCGGGAGAGUAGAGUGAGGCCAAUCGAUUUCUUCGUUAAAGAUCCGAUUUUUGAUGGAUUUAGGGUUCCUUUUCCUGGAUCAGUCAUGGUCUCUGAUGCAGCUCCGUUCCCUUCUCUGUGCCUCCGUCGCCUUCUCGCUAUUGGCGGCUACUUUGGUCGUCGUUGCCGUCGACAACUCCACCUAUUACGUGCCAAGAGACGACAUCCUCCUCAACUGCGGCGCCUCCGGCCAGGCAUCUAGCUUCGACGGACGAUCCUGGACCGGGGACACCGGAACCAGGUACGCCCCCUCCUUGAACGGCGGCGGCAGCUUCGAUGCUCUACAUCAAGAUCCAUCAGUCUCCACGGUCCCGUACUCGACCGCUCGGGUCUUCACUUCUCCCUUCACCUACCGCUUCCCUCUCAGCGCCGGCCGGAAAUUUAUCCGCCUCCAUUUCUACCCUUCCGAUUACUCCAACCAUGCCGUUUCCGAUGCCUUCUUCUCCGUCACAUCUGGCCCUUACACCCUUCUUCACAACUUCAGCUCCUACCUAACUGCUGAUGCCCUAAAUUUCGCCUAUCUAAUCCGUGAAUACUCCGUAAACGUCUCCACCGGCGGCCUAAACCUCACUUUCAUUCCAUCAACCACCCAUCCCAACUCCUAUGCCUUCAUUAACGGUAUCGAGAUUGUAUCAAUCCCCGACUUGUUUAGCUCAGCAACACCUUUGCUUGUCGAUGGAGAUGAUGGUCAUAUUGUUUACACUAUCGAUCCCGACCAUGCUCUGGAGACAGUUUACCGGCUCAAUGUGGGUGGGCAAGCAAUUUCCCCCAUCGAAGACUCCGGCUUGUUCCGCUCUUGGGACGACGACUCGCCUUACAUUUAUGGGGCUGCAUUUGGUGUGACCUACUCCAACGAUCCAAAUGUUACCAUCACAUACCCGACCAGUGUUCCAAGUUACAUUGCACCACCGGAUGUCUACUCCACAGCAAGAUCAAUGGGUCCAAAUGCACGUGUGAACUUGAACUACAAUUUAACCUGGAUUCUCCCUGUGGAUGCUGGCUUCUAUUACCUUGUCCGGCUACAUUUCUGUGAGAUCCAGUAUCCGAUAGUGAAGGUAAACCAGAGAGUCUUUGACAUCUACCUUAAUAACCAGACUGCAACAGAAGAAGCUGAUGUCAUUGGUUGGAGUGGCGGUAUCGGUAUCCCUGUGUACAGGGACUAUGUGGUGAUGACAAUGGGAAGAGGACAGAUGGAUCUGUGGGUUGCGCUUCAUCUAGAUACACUCUCCAAACCAGAGUAUUAUGAUUCCAUCUUGAAUGGGCUUGAGGUGUUCAAGUUGCAGAACAGUAAUGGCAGCCUGGCUGGUCUUAAUCCAGGAGCACGCUCGCAGUUAUACGUUGAUCCUAGAGAUGUCAGGAAGGGAAGUGCAAAACACAAGAGUGAAGUUCCUGUUAUUGUUGGAGUGAUUGGAGCUUUUGCUGUUUUGCUCGCUGUUAUUUGCCUGAUUGGAAUGUGCAAAUGCCAGAAGAAUAAGAAGAUGAAGAAAGGGAAGGGUGCAGUUACAAGCAAUGGGCCUUAUGGUUCGUCGCCUCUCUCCCUCUAUGGCAACACACGUUCAGCUGUGUCGGCCGAGUCUAACCUCUGCCGCUACUUCUCCAUUGCAGAGAUAAAAGCUGCCACAAGUGACUUUGAUGAGUCCCUUCUUCUUGGAGUUGGUGGGUUCAGAAAGGUCUACCGUGGGGAGAAAGAUGGUGGGAUCACAAAGUUAGCCAUCAAGCAUGCUAACCCGAUGUCCGAGCAAGGUUUCCAUCAACUCCAGACUGAGAUUGAGAUGCUUUCCAAGCUCUGACACAACCACCUUGUCUCUUUGAUCGGUUACCUCGAGGAGAAUCAUAGUUUACGAUUACAUAGCCCAGGGAAGCCUCUGCGAGAAUCUUUACAAGACACUGAAGCCACCUCUUCCAUGGAAACAGUGUCUUGAGAUCUGCAUCGGGGCUACAUGCCGUCUGCAUUACCUUCACACUGGUGCCAAGCAUACCAUCAUACAUCGAGAUGUGAAGGCAACAAAUAUACUGUUAGAUGGCAAAUGGGUUGCAAUAGUUUCAGAUUUCAGUCUCUCGAAGAGUGGUCCGACCGCCAACAAGUCCCAUGUCAGCACGGUGGUGAAGGGCAGCUUUGGUUACUUCGAUCCAGAGUAGUUUAGAAUGAUGCAGCUCAUAGAGACUGCAGAUGCUCCACAGAGUACUUUAGAAUGUUCAUGAUGCUAAUACUGCAAUAAUUGUCGAUAUAUAAAUUUUCCUAUAGCUGCUGAGGGCCUACGAUCUUGAACAAUAUAUUUUGUACUUCCAAGAAUGUUAGAAUUGUCAUGUUUUUUGCAA